GCCGGAUCGUCCCUUGAAAUUGGCGGUUUUGCUUUGCCGUGAAACCGACGGAGAGGGUGAAACGAUCUGUGAAGUCUCGGUAUAGUGGUGAUUCAUCUUCGCCCGCAUACUCUCCACAAAAUGUUUUUCUCUAGAUAUACAUUCAUCACCCUUUUGCUAUUUAUCUGGUUGCUUGGAAAACACUAUAUCCUACAUCCAGAAUUAAGAACGCAUCUUCAAACUCUCUGACCACUUCCAAAGAUGGAGAACAUUGGUGCUUCCAACACUAACGAUGCCUUUUACAGGUACACGAUGCCUAUGAUGGUUACCAAGACUGAAGGCAAAGGGAACGGCAUCAAGACCAACAUUGUCAACAAUGUCGACAUUGCAAAGGCCUUGGAGAGACCUGCUUCUUACACUACCAAGUACUUUGGUUAUCAGCUUUGUGCUCAGUCCAAGUUUGAUGAGAAGACCGGGACUUCGCUUGUGAAUGGAUCUCAUAGCACGUCUACUCUUGCUUCUCUUCUGGAGGCUUUUAUUAAGAGGUAUGUUCAGUGUUAUGGGUGUGGGAACCCUGAGACUGAGAUUAUUAUUACAAAGAGUCAGAUGGUUAAUUUGAAGUGUGCUGCUUGUGGGCAUAUCUCUGUGUGUGACGUGAGGGAUAAACUGACUACGUUCAUUCUGAAAACCCACCGGGGGAGAAGGAUAAGAAGACAUUUGGCUUCUCGUUAACCAAUCUUGUAUAGAUCAUUUAUAACCAAAGUAAAGUUGAUCAUGUAUGCCAAUCGAAACUAAAACUUAUAAGACAUUUGGUGUGAUCAUUUUCAUGUUUUUUGGUUAGUUGAUGUAAACUAUGAGAUGAUAUAAUGAUAAGGAUUUUAAUGUAGAGUAC